AUGAACUUACGAUCACUCUUAUCGAUCCCUCUAACAAUCUCUACAAUACUCACCAAUCGAUUAUCAUCCAUCGUAUCUGUACCCAACUCUUUAUACUCGGCUGUAGGCGUUAGAACAGCUACUACCAUGGUACUUGAUCCAACUAAACUCAACGUACUUCAUGCACCUCUGCAACCUCAUACGAAAGAAGGUGACUCGACUCAUCCAACGGGAUUUCAGAGAGAUGGAUAUUGUUGGGGUAACGAGCAGGAUCCGGGAAAUCAUUUUAUCGGUGGGGUCGUAACGAAAGAGUUUCUGGAGUAUAGUAAAGCUCAAGGAAAUGACUUGAUCACUCGACAACCUGGGUUUCCGGGGUUGAAAGAUGGUUGUAGAUGGUGUCUGUGUGUUAAUCGAUGGAAAGAGGCAGUGAUGGCUUCUGAGAAUUUAGGUGAAAGAGUUGUCCCACGUGUUGAUUUGUCGUCCACCGCUUUAAACGCUCUGAAGAAAGUUAGUAUUGAAGAUUUGAAGAAAUACGAGUACAAACCAUGA